GAUGACCAGAGACUGCAGACACAGUACAGGAGAUGACCAGAGACUGCAGACAUAGUACAGGAGAUGACCAGAGACUGCGGACACAGUACAGGAGAUGACCAGAGACUGCAGACACAGUACAGGAGAUGACCAGAGACUGCAGACAUAGUACAGGAGAUGACCGGAGACUGCGGACACAGUACAGGAGAUGGUCAGAGACUGCAGACAUAGUACAGAUGACCAGAGACUGCGGACACAGUACAGGAGAUGACCAGAGACUGCAGACAGUACAGGAGAUGACCAGAGACUGCAGACACAGUACAGGAGAUGACCAGAGACUGCGGACA